GGUAAUCAUACUGCAUCCUGUGACACAUCUUGUCUCCUCUCCUGUCUUUUGUGCAUGCAUAUAUAGCAAUGCCUAUAGCAAGUAGUUCUCAUCAAAAAAACUACAGUUGAUAAAAAAUCAAAACACAGAAAACUAAAGCCAUGGCUAGUACUAGCUACCAUGUUAGAUCAAUAAGCUUGCCUUGCAGAUCACAUCCUGCGAUAAUCAGAGUCAAAGAGGAGCUUAGCAAGCUCAAAACAUUGGAAACUCCAUGCUGCCAGACAUCAGAAGCAAUUUGCAACAGUCUGUCUGGCUUGGCAGAGCUGUAUGAUUGCACAAAUGAUCUUCUUGGCCUUAAGUUAACCAAACAGUCCGCUCUGAUGGAUUGUCUGUUAGACGGGUCUGUGAGGCUUCUUGAUAUAUGUGGUGGAACAAGGGAUAUUGUUUCACAAAUUAAGGAACACACAAGAGACCUUGAAUCAUCUAUUCGAAGGAGAAAAGGAGACAUAAGCAUUGAAAGUAGCGUUGUGAAAUUCAAUUCCUUUAGGAGGCGAAUGAAGAAGGAAGCCAAAAGAUUGAUUGCAUCUUUGAAACAAAUAAAAAAACAAUAUGAGGCUUUGGCAAUGUUGGAUUCAGAUCAGAAACACUCAUCAGUGAUAGGAUUGCUGACAGAAGUUACAUUGUCAAGCAUUUCGGUUUAUCAAUCCUUGUUGAUGUUUGUGACGGUACCAGUUUCAAAGACAAAGGGAAGGAGAUGGUCAGCUAUAACAAAGCUGAUCCACACAGAACGAGUGUCGUGUGAAGAGGAAAACAUGAAUGAGUUGGAAAGGAUUGAUGCAGCAUUGAUAAGUCUUUGUAGAUCAAGGAAAGGGGAGAAGAUUGAAAGUGCACAACGAGGUCUAGUAGCACUGGAGACUCAUUUUGAAGGCAUAGAGAGUAAUUUAGAGUGUCUGUUUAGGCGCUUGAUCAAAACCAGAACCUUAUUCCUAAACAUGGCAUCAGACUGAUGUUCUUUAAGAUGCUUCACUUGAAAUUUUCCCAGAGGCAACCAAAUUUUAGAGGAUAUGCAUAUGGAUAUGUAAUUUUCAAGAGUUGUGUACAUUAUAAUAUAAUUUUCGGAAACAUAAUGUGAA